UGUCCAGCAGACAAAUAGUGCUAUUUGCUCUACACAAGCGAUAUUCAUCCCUACCGAACAGGACAAAAUGCUACCUACGCCGUCGGACAAAUAUUAUGCUUCUCCUCGGCCGUAUGUAUACAAUAGGAACUGGCCUACUCAGACUUUGACUCAAGCUCCGCGAUGGCUUUCAACCGACCUCAGAGAUGGCAACCAGGCAUUAGUCCAGCCAAUGAAUGGUGAUGACAAACUACGCUAUUUCCAAACCCUAGUCAAGCUGGGAUACAAGGAGAUCGAGGUCUCUUAUCCCUCUGCCUCACAGACCGAGUUCAAUUUCACCCGACACCUCAUAAGUACCCCUGGUACUGUGCCUGAUGACACGUGGAUCCAAGUCAUGGCGCCUUGUCGCGAGGAACUUAUACGAAGGACGAUUGAGGCUGUUCGGGGUGCAAGGAAAGUCAUUUUGCACAUCCACCUCUCUACGUCUGAUCUUUUCCGCGAAGUUGUCUUCAAAAUGACAAAGGGGGACAUAAUAGACCUCGCUGUUCGGUGUGUAAUGAAGAUUCGUGAACUCACGAAAGAAUCCUCGGAUGCUGAGAUGCACAAAACUAAAUGGACGAUUGAGUUUACACUGGAGAACUUUCAAGAUACAUCCGUGGAAUACGCAAUUGAAAUUUGCGAAGCUGUGAAAUUAGCCUGGGAACCCACUACUGAGAACAAAAUCAUCUUCAAUCUUCCAUCGACUGUCGAAGUAACAAUGCCAAACGUGUUCGCCGACCAGAUCGAGCUCUUCUGCCGCGGUAUCUCCGAGCGAGAAAAGGUCUGCGUAUCAGUUCAUCCCCACAAUGACCGAGGAUGCGGCGUGGCAGCAGCCGAGAUGGCUCAGUUGGCUGGUGCAGACCGAGUUGAAGGAUGUCUAUUCGGGAAUGGCGAACGCACUGGAAAUGUCGAUCUCGUCACGUUGGCCCUCAAUUUAUAUACUCACGGUGUUUCACCCAGAGUUAACCUGAGCAAUUUGAACGAGGUUGUCGCUAUGGUGGAGGAGUGCACAAAGAUCGCAGUCCAUCCUAGAGCACCCUAUGCAGGAAAAUAUGUAUUUUGCACAUUUACCGGUACGCACCAGGAUGCCAUACGAAAGGGAUAUAACAAACUCAAAGAAAGUGAGAGACUUGGUGCUACACGGGCAUCCAAGUGGAAAAUGCCAUAUCUCUCCAUGGAUCCAGUUGAUCUGGGAAGGCAACACGAAGCUAUUGUGAGGGUGAACUCUCAAAGUGGCAAAGGCGGCGUUGCCUGGCUUCUCAAAGAGAGUCUUAAUAUUGAUAUGCCGCGAGAUUUGGAAAUUGAAUUUACGCAGGUCGUGAAAGCACAUGCGAAUACCAGUGGCUCUGAGGUUACCCGGGAGACUAUAUGUCGCUUGUUCCGGAAACACUAUAUGCAUGUUGAACCUGAACGAUUCCGGCUGCUGAAUUGCAGAGCCAGCCAGCCCAAAGGAAAUCGGGAUGCUACAUACGUCCAACUGAAGAUUUCAGUACAGGGCUCAGACCGUGAACUUGAAGCAACUGGAGGUGAACUAUUACCUACCAUACUUGAUGCCCUUAGGUCAGUCGGUUACGACUACGAGGUACUGGACAACCAACUGCAAUAUAUAGCCAGCCAGGAUACGAUGACGUCUUUUAUCAGACUGGCUACAGCUGGAAACAUCGCUUCAUGGGGCGUGGGCAUGCAUAAGAACACAAAUUGGGCUGUCUCACAAGCAAUAUUGGUGGCAGGCCAAAAGAUAAUGGCAAGCCAACUCAACGAUAAUCUGUCCAAUUAG